CGGUUCGGUUGCGAGGCUGCUGGAUGGUGGAGGAGUACCACUGAUGAGAGAGCGGGCAACUAGGAGACUAUUUUUGCUCGCUUCCGAGCAUAACUGCGGUCUUUGGUCGGAUACUGAUAGCUCCAAGUUUGGAUUUCUCUGCCUUUUGCUGCUGGUAGCCUUGUCUUGGUUUGGUACACAGUGAUGUCAUUAAGGAGUGGGACAGAGGACCCAGAGCGGUACCUCUUUGUGGACCGGGCUGUGGUCUACAAUCCAGCAGCACAGGCCGACUGGACAGCCAAGAGGCUAGUAUGGAUCCCAUCUGAACGCCAUGGCUUUGAGGCAGCCAGUGUCCGUGAAGAGCGGGGGGAUGAGGUAGUGGUGGAGCUGGCAGAAAAUGGGAAGAAGUCUGUAGUUAACAAGGAUGAUAUUCAGAAGAUGAAUCCCCCUAAGUUUAGCAAAGUGGAGGAUAUGGCAGAGCUCACCUGCCUGAAUGAAGCCUCCGUACUCCACAACCUGAAAGAUCGCUACUACUCUGGCCUUAUCUAUACAUAUUCUGGCCUCUUCUGUGUAGUCAUAAACCCCUACAAGAACCUGCCCAUUUACUCAGAGAACAUCAUUGAGAUGUACAGGGGGAAAAAGAGGCAUGAAAUGCCUCCACACAUCUACGCAAUCUCAGAGUCUGCCUACAGAUGCAUGUUGCAAGACCGAGAAGACCAGUCUAUUCUUUGCACAGGUGAAUCUGGGGCUGGAAAGACAGAAAACACUAAAAAGGUCAUUCAGUACCUGGCACAUGUGGCCUCCUCCCACAAAGGACGAAAAGACCACAACAUCCCUCCUGAAUCUCCUAAACCAAUGAAGCUGCAGAGUGGAGCCAUGUUUUAUGGUGAACUGGAACGGCAGCUUUUACAAGCCAACCCCAUUUUGGAGUCUUUUGGGAAUGCCAAGACAGUAAAAAAUGACAACUCAUCACGUUUUGGGAAGUUCAUCCGUGUCAACUUUGAUGUCACUGGAUAUAUCGUAGGAGCCAACAUUGAAACCUACUUGCUUGAGAAAUCCAGAGCUAUUCGUCAGGCCAAAGAUGAGCGCACCUUCCAUAUCUUCUACCAGCUACUUGCCGGAGCUGGCGAGCACCUCAAAUCUGAUUUGCUUUUGGAAGGAUUCAACAAUUAUCGCUUCCUGUCCAACGGCAACAUCCCAAUCCCUGGACAGCAGGACAAAGACAACUUCCAAGAGACGAUGGAAGCUAUGCACAUUAUGAGCUUCUCACAUGAGGAGAUCCUGGCCAUGUUAAAAGUUGUGUCGUCAGUGUUGCAGUUCGGCAACAUCGUCUUUAAGAAGGAGAGAAACACAGAUCAGGCAUCCAUGCCAGACAAUACAGCUGCGCAGAAGCUGUGUCACCUCCUGGGCAUGAAUGUAAUGGAGUUCACCAGAGCCAUCCUGUCACCAAGGAUCAAAGUGGGCCGAGAUUAUGUCCAGAAGGCCCAAACUAAAGAGCAGGCCGACUUUGCCGUCGAGGCUCUGGCUAAGGCGACUUAUGAACGUCUCUUCCGCUGGCUGGUCCAUCGCAUCAACCGAGCUCUGGACCGGACCAAACGUCAGGGGGCGUCUUUCAUCGGUAUACUUGACAUCGCUGGCUUCGAAAUUUUCCAGCUGAACUCCUUUGAGCAGCUCUGCAUCAACUACACCAACGAGAAGCUGCAGCAGCUCUUCAACCACACCAUGUUCAUCUUGGAGCAGGAGGAAUACCAGAGGGAGGGCAUUGAGUGGAGCUUCAUUGACUUUGGACUCGACCUGCAGCCUUGCAUCGAUCUCAUCGAGAGGCCUGCAAACCCGCCUGGAGUGUUGGCGCUGUUGGAUGAGGAAUGCUGGUUCCCAAAAGCCACAGACAGGACUUUUGUUGAGAAACUGACCCAGGAGCAGGGAACUCACACCAAGUUCCAGAAGCCCCGACAGCUUAAAGACAAAGCCGACUUCUGCAUCAUUCACUACGCUGGAAAGGUGGACUACAAGGCCGAUGAGUGGUUAAUGAAGAACAUGGACCCACUCAAUGACAACGUAGCCACACUGUUGCAUCAGUCGACUGACAAAUUUGUGGCCGAACUUUGGAAAGACGUGGAUCGUAUCGUGGGUCUGGACCAGGUGGCGGGGAUGAAUGAAACUGCAUUCGGUGCUACCUACAAAACCAAAAAAGGAAUGUUUCGCACUGUCGGACAGUUGUACAAGGAGUCGCUCACUAAGCUCAUGGCCACUCUGAGGAACACAAACCCAAACUUCGUCCGCUGCAUCAUCCCAAACCACGAAAAACGAGCUGGUAAACUGGAACCUCACCUGGUUCUGGACCAGCUCAGGUGUAACGGAGUUCUGGAGGGGAUCCGCAUCUGCCGCCAAGGUUUUCCCAAUCGCAUUGUCUUCCAGGAGUUCAGACAGAGAUAUGAAAUACUGACACCCAACGCUAUACCCAAGGGGUUCAUGGAUGGGAAGCAAGCUUGUGAGAGAAUGAUCCAAGCCCUUGAGUUAGAUCCCAACCUCUUUCGCAUUGGACAGAGCAAGAUCUUUUUCAGAACUGGAGUCCUGGCUCAUCUAGAGGAGGAGAGAGACCUGAAAAUCACAGACAUCAUUAUCUCCUUCCAGUCUGUAUGUCGUGGGUUUUUGGCUCGCAAGGCAUUUGCCAAGAAGCAGCAGCAGCUUAGCGCGCUGAAGGUUCUGCAGAGGAACUGUGCAGCUUAUCUGAAGCUGCGUCACUGGCAGUGGUGGAGGCUCUUCACCAAGGUGAAGCCUCUGCUGCAGGUGACAAGGCAGGAGGAGGAAAUGCAGGCCAAAGACGAGGAGCUGAUAAAGGUGAAGGAAAGACAACUCAAGGUGGAGAAUGAGUUGGUGGAUAUGGAGAGAAAGCAUCAGCAGCUCCUUGAGGAGAAGAACAUUCUGGCCGAGCAGCUCCAGGCUGAGACAGAAUUGUUCGCCGAGGCUGAAGAGAUGCGAGCUCGUCUGGCUUCACGAAAGCAAGAGCUGGAGGAGAUUCUCCAUGACCUGGAGUCCCGAGUGGAGGAGGAGGAGGAGAGAAACCAGAGCUUGCAGAUCGAGAAGAAGAAGAUGCAGUCGCAGAUUCAGGAUCUGGAGGAGCAGCUGGAUGAAGAAGAAGCAGCCAGACAGAAACUUCAGUUGGAAAAAGUGACAGCAGAAGCAAAGAUAAAGAAGUUAGAAGAAGAUAUUGUGCUGCUCGAGGACCAGAAUUCCAAGUUCCUGAAGGAGAAGAAGUUGCUGGAGGACCGCAUUGGUGAGGCGACGGUUCUGCUGACAGAAGAGGAGGAAAAGGCCAAAAACCUCAGCAAAAUUAAGAACAAGCAAGAGAUGAUGAUGGUGGACUUGGAGGAACGGCUGAAAAAGGAGGAGAAAACACGACAGGAACUCGAGAAGGCCAAGCGCAAGCUGGACGCAGAGACCACCGACCUGCAGGACCAGAUUGUCGAGUUUCAGACACAUGUGGAAGAAAUGAAGAGCCAGCUGACCAAGAAGGAAGAAGAGCUGCAGACUGUUUUGUCGAGGAGCGACGAGGAGGCAGUCCAGAAGAACAAUGCCCUGAAGCAGGUGCGGGAGCUUCAGGCUCAGCUGGCUGAGCUUCAGGAGGAUCUGGAGUCUGAGAAGAUUUGCCGCAGCAAAGCCGAAAAGCUUAAGAGAGAUCUGAGCGAGGAGCUGGAGGCUCUGAAGACUGAGCUGGAGGACACGCUGGACACCACAGCAGCUCAGCAGGAACUUAGAACAAAACGAGAACAGGAGGUGGCCGAGCUGAAAAAGGCCAUUGAGGAGGAGACAAAAAACCAUGAGGCCCAGAUCCAGGAGAUGAGGCAGAGACAUGGCAGCGCACUGGAGGAGCUGUCCGAGCAGCUAGAGCAAGCCAAGAGAUUUAAGGCCAACCUGGAGAAGAACAAGCUAACUCUGGAGAACGAUAACAAAGAGUUGGCUGGCGAGGUGAAGAGCCUGCAGCAGACAAAGACCGAGUCGGAGCACAAGAGGAAGAAACUGGAGGCACAGCUGCAGGAGUUCAUGGCCCGGGCCACCGAGAUGGAGCGGACGAAGGGGGACCUGGCGGAACGCUCCCACAAGCUUCAGGCGGAGCUGGAUAAUGUGUCGGUCCUGCUGGAGGAAGCCGAGAAGAGAAACAUCAAGCUGGUCAAGGAUGCUGAGAGCGUGGGAAGCCAACUACAAGACACUCAGGAGUUGCUGCAGGAAGAAACCCGCCAGAAGCUGAAUCUCGGCAGCCGUGUGCGCCAGCUGGAGGAGGAGAAGAACACCUUGCUGGAGCAGCAGGAGGAGGACGAGGAGGCUCGGCGCAACCUGGAGAAACAGCUGCAGUCGGUCCAGGCGCAGCUCUGCGAGACAAAGAAGAAGCUGGAGGAGGACGUUGGAGCAAUGGAGUGUCUGGAGGAGGUGAAGAGAAAACUCCAGAAGGAUGUAGAGCUGACAGCCCAGCGUCUGGAGGAGAAGGCCAUGGCCAUGGACAAAAUGGAGAAGACCAAAACCCGACUGCAGCAGGAGCUGGAAGACCUGAUGGUGGACCUGGACCACCAGAGGCAGAUCGUGUCCAACCUGGAGAAGAAGCAGAAGAAGUUUGACCAGUUGUUGGCAGAGGAGAAGAACAUUUCAGCACGAUAUGCUGAGGAGUGGGACCGUGCCGAAGCUGAAGCCAGGGAGAAGGAGACCAAGGCUCUGUCCAUGGCCAGAGCCCUGGAAGAAGCUCUGGAGGCCAAAGAGGAGCUGGAGAGGUUCAACAAGCAGCUGCGGGCUGAAAUGGAAGAUCUGAUGAGCUCCAAGGACGAUGUGGGCAAAAAUGUGCAUGAGCUGGAGAAGUCCAAACGGGCGCUCGAGCAGCAAGUGGAGGAGAUGAGGACUCAGCUGGAGGAGCUGGAGGACGAGCUGCAGGCCACAGAGGACGCCAAGCUGCGGCUGGAGGUCAACAUGCAGGCCAUGAAAGCUCAGUUUGACCGAGACCUGCAGGCCAGGGACGAGCAGGGCGACGAGAAGAAGAGAGCGCUGGUCAAACAGGUACGAGAGAUGGAGGCAGAGCUGGAGGACGAGAGGAAGCAGAGGACUCUGGCUGUGGCCUCCAAGAAGAAGCUGGAGAUGGACCUGAACGAAGUGGAGGGUCAGAUCGAAGCGGCCAACAAAGGCCGUGACGAAGCGGUCAAACAACUCCGAAAGCUCCAGGCCCAGAUGAAGGACUACCAGAGGGAGCUGGAGGAGGCCCGAGCCUCCCGAGACGAGAUCUUCACCCAGUCCAAAGAAAACGAGAAAAAGCUGAAGAGUCUAGAGGCGGAAAUCUUACAGCUACAAGAGGACCACGCUGCGUCAGAGCGAGCACGGCGCCAUGCCGAGCAGGAGCGGGACGAGCUGGCGGAUGAGAUCUCCAACAGCGCCUCUGGAAAAACGUCGCUGCUGGAGGAGAAGAGAAGGCUGGAGGCCCGGAUCUCUCAGCUGGAGGAGGAGCUGGAGGAGGAGCAGGGCAACAUGGAGCUGCUCAAUGAACGCGUGAGGAAGUCCACACUACAGGUGGACGCCCUGAACACAGAGCUAGCUGGAGAGCGCAGCGCCGCCCAGAAGAGCGAGAGUGCUCGCCAGCAGAUGGAGCGGCAGAACAAGGAGCUCAAAGCCAAACUUGCCGAGCUGGAAGGAGCCGUCAAGUCCAAGUUCAAGGCCUCCAUCACAGCCCUGGAGGCCAAGAUCCUGCAGAUGGAGGAGCAGCUGGAGCAGGAGGCCAAGGAAAGAGGAUCGGCAAACAAGAUAGUGCGGCGCUCGGAGAAGAAACUGAAGGAGGUGAUGAUGCAGGUGGAGGACGAGCGUCGCCAUGCCGACCAGUACAAGGAGCAGCUGGAGAAGUCCAACUCUCGCAUGAAGCAGCUGAAGCGUCAGCUGGAGGAGGCGGAGGAGGAGGCCACCAGGGCCAACGCCUCCCGCAGGAAGCUGCAGCGGGAGCUGGACGACGCCACCGAGGCUAACGAAGGGCUGACGCGGGAGGUGAACUCCCUCAAGAGCCGCCUCAGCAGACGCGGCACGCCCGUCAGCGGCUUCUCCUCCGGUCGCUCCGGACGCCGCAACUUGAAUCUGGACGGCGCCUCGGUCGACAUGUCGGACGACGACGCGGACAGCCGCGCCAGUGACUUCAACGACACCCAAGUCAACGCCGAGUAAAAGAUGCCCCGCCCCCCCGCCGCCCGCAGCUGGCGAGCAGAUCUGUGCCGCCACCGCGGGAGCUGCUCAUCGGCCUUAUUCUGGUCUCCGCCACGAGCCGCUCGCCCCCCCCCCUCCCCCGCCACCUCCUCCUAUACUCUGCUCAGCUUGUGAAGGAAACUAUGUAAACGUAGAUACCAAGUGCUUUUUGUCCGCAGGAGACCAGAAGAGACAAACAUAUUCAAACUCUCUCGCCAAGUCUGAAUGUCACAGCCACCUUCAGAGGAUCAACUGUGAACUCUUUUAUCGCUUCAUCUCAACACAAGUCCGAGUCUCACGCCAGGCGAGAAACGACUGGAAGAAUGAGAGGAGGGAGUAUGUAGAACUGGAAAGGCCAAAAUCUCACCUGGUUUUUGCUGCACUUGUCGAUACAGUUGAAUUUUAAGUUUCUUUUAAACCCUGUUUAUUAACGUGGCUGGUGCUGAACCAGUUUCUCAACUCUUUUGCUGUCGAAGCACUUAAAAAUAAUCCAGCGAUAACUGGCUCUGUGUCGGGAUUAUUGAACGUCACUCCUCGCCUCCACACUAAUUUGGAUUAUUUCCGAUCAUGCGGCAAAUCAACACUGUCUGAAGUGCCUUCGACACUGAAGAACACUAACUGGCGCUUGUUUUCUGACAAACAAAACCAAUUUUCCUGCUUCAUAUCACAACAGUGUUCCUCUGUCCAGGCUUGACUCUCGCACACUCGCGACAGUUAAAACGAUAGAGUUGUUCUCACCCAGUGUUGCGGCUCACGUCCUCUGGACGUCUGCUCAGUUCCCAUUGGUUGGAAGCUCUACGGCUCUCAGCUGGUUCACUUCUUCCAUCUCACCUCGGAUGAUUGUCCAGUGACGCAACUGUUUGUCCGCUCCCGACAUCUUUCUUGUACACCCGGAUUUCUAGAUGAUAAUAUUUUGGGUUGUUGGUUCUUUUUGUAAAAGGAAAAUAAAGCAUAUUCAUGGUAGCUGCA